UGGUAAAAACUGAUGAAAGCCUGGUCCAUUUGGACAAGUAGCGAUAAGUCAUCAUUGCUAUUGGUUGUGGGCAAUACGAAUUCCAUCCUCCGACCUUGAGGCUGAGCCCAUAUGACCCUUACCAAGAAUCUACUGGAAAGGCUUAGAGAUAACAGUAAUAAAGAAGGCUUUCAGGUCGUUCAGAAUGAAAAUUUUCAGGCUUCAAUUCCAAACAAUUUUCCUGGUGUUAGCGAUUUGGUUUCAAACGAACUUGCCCUGAUAUCAGAUAUUGUUAAAAGCGAUGUUUCACUGUCUUCAUAUCAUAGUCGAAAUUCGAAGCUAUACGAGUUACUGGAUUUAUUGGUCAAAAGUCUCGAAAACAUCGUUAUUAAACACGACGACCUGGUCAAAUAUCUAGUUACAAUGGAUAAGCAAGAGUCAUACUUACCGGUUUUAUUCAACUCCAACAAAAAAGCAAUUGAAACAAUUAUGUCUCUGGACUGCUGUUUAACUUAUCAAUCUUCAGCUACUAGCUCAUUCAUUCCCCAAGAAAGACUUAUGGAGUUGGUCUUGGAUUCGGUAAUUACUUAUCAGUAUAUUAUUCGGAUUAUGCUUUGUAGAAAAACAAUAUUGAGAGGUUAAAAAGUUUCAAUCAGCAUUUGGAUUUACUAGCUUGUCAGCUUAACGAAGCUAGUAAUUUAGUAAAUAAUCUGGAUGAACCUUACACCGUAUUUAAACAUAUGGAAGGGUAGAAAUAUCGUAUAUAUUAGCUUUCAUGAAUACAAACUGUGUGUUAUUGACAUUUUUACGAGUUAUUGGCUGUGUUACAAUCUGUCCUCAUUUAUAUUUUUAACAAUAUUUUUUUCAUUAAGUUCAUAUGUUCUGUCUGUCAGUGAAGGAUUUGUCUGGGGAUGCAAUCUUAAAUAUUUUUGACACUAUUUAUCUUCACGCAAGGAUAGUAGUUUAUCUCUUUAUUUAAAAUGCAUAAAUAUUGGUACAGGUAGGCACCGAAAUAUAUGUGUUCCACACAAUAAAAACGAGGUUGUGAAGAAAUAGAGAAAGAACGGAACAAUAAAAACGUAAAUCAAAAUC